ACGACUUACCUUAACUUUAAUUCGCUCUACAGGGAACUUUCCUGAAAACGAGGUAGAUCACGAGGGAAAUGCGAGGAAAAGGAAAUAUUCAGGUUUGUACCCCGGAAAUACUUCAAGUUGAGUAAGUUCAGACCCAAUCGGAACUCCUCGUGUGUCUUCAGAUUGAGUUCUCUUACGCUCUAAAACGAGGUAAAGCUCCGAGGAUUGAUAAAAUUAGAGAUAAUCCGAUAUCCGAGGCCGCAUAUAUCACGAUAUAAACAGAAAAAUGUUAGACACGUGGAAUGGAAGACUGAUUUUAUGUUGCGUUUUGGUCGGGUUGAUGAUUAUUGACAGAGGGACCGCAGUUAACAGAAGAUCUACGACUGAUUUAAUGAGGGAUGUAGAACAGCAUAAAUAUGUGCUUGUCCUGUUUGGUAAUGUGAACGGAGAUAAAGAAAUAAACAAGAAAGCCGAGGGUGAACUUGAUCAUUUGCAAACGCCGGACUUAUAUGACCAAGAAGUUUUGAAGGUGACCUGCAGUGACCAGACGCUGGCCGUCAGUGUUGGAGUGAAUUCUUUCCCUCGGCUGAUUCUUUAUCGGAGCCAAGUUCCUGUUCUCUAUGAUGGUGAAUUGACAGCCCCAGCCAUUCAGGUCUGGAUAGAACAGGCAAGGGAGGUAAAUCUGCAGAGUUUGGAUGAUACAUCAUUUGAACAUCUUACCCAGGCUUCCACAGGUGCAACCACUGGGGUCUGGCUGGUCAUAUUUUACAAAGAUUCCUGUAAGGAAAAAUUGCCUGCCAUUGAAGGCACCGGAGUUCUAGUAAGACAGAAGAUGAACGUAGCCCAAGUCAACAUUGAUGAAAGUCCGGAAACCGCAAAAAGAUUCAAUAUCAAAGAUUGCCCUGUCACCUACUUUUUUCGACAUGGGAAAAUGUACCAAUACAUCUCUGAUAAGUCAGAUAUGUACAGAGUUAAGUCCCUUGUAUCGUUUGUGAUGUCGUGGUACAACAAUGUAGAGGGCGCCAAAGUACCCACCAUACCCACAGCCUUUGACCAAUUGACGGAGUCUAUAGCGGAUUAUUUAAAGGAUAAAUUACAGAACCCACAAGGAGGGAACUUCCUGUUGAUAGGUGGCGCUGUGUUGGCAGUGGUGGCAUUUGUUUUGGCUAUCGUCGUGGCAACGUGUUCAAAGAAUGCUAAGAAGACCAUCAAAGAGGACUAACCUAAUGAUUUACUCACAAUUAAUUUAAUUGGGAAACUUUUCAUUUUGUAUUUAUGUAUUCUUUGUACAGUUGUUUAAUUGUAUGGAUGGAUGGGGGUGAGGGCAAUUGAUAGUUAUAUAGUAUGUGUGCAAUAUAUAUCAUCAUUUUUGUAUUUAUUUAAGAGUCCUGAAGUGUUGUAUUGACACAUUUACUUGUGUUUCAGCAGGAAUAAACCUAUGUUGUUUUUG